AUGUCCCUCCUUACAGCCGACGAGAUCCCAACGCUCUCCUUGCUCUACAAGCUGGGCAAGCUCCCCUCGACUCCAUCAGGCACCAAGAUUCCAACGACCCUCUCCUUCAAGCCCGCUGGCCCCAUCACCCCCUCUAAGGCCCUUAAUGACCGCGUGUGCCUCGUCCGGCACGACGUGACGAAGCUCGAGGUGGACGCCAUUACCAACGCCGCAAACAAGUCACUCCUCGGCGGUGGCGGCAUCGAUGGCGCCAUCCACGCUGCCGCUGGCCCUGGCCUCCUCGCCGAGUGCCGCACUCUUGGUGGCUGCAAAACCGGCGAUGCGAAGAUCACUGGUGGGCAUAACCUGCCCGCGAAGAAGGUUAUCCACGCUGUCGGCCCCAUCUACGACCCCAUCGAUCCUAAGGAGAGCGAGGAGCUGUUGACGUCGGCCUACGAGAAGGUGCUGAACUUGGCGGUGGAAAAUGAAUGCAAAUCACUGGUCCUGUGCGGUAUCAGCACAGGCAUAUAUGGCUACCCCCCUCACGAGGCUGCGCCUGUCGCCAUAUCAACUGUCAAGAAGUUCUUGGAGGGCGAGAAGGGACAGAAGCUUGAGAAGAUCGUGUUUGUCACGUGGGUGAGGCAGGAUGUCGAGUCUUACGAUAAGUUCUUGCCAGUUUACUUCCCCCCAGUCGAGGACGCCGCGAAGACCGAGUCGAAGCAAGAGGUGGAAGCCAACCCCGAAGACGUCGAGGCCGCGAAGGAAAUUGCCAGCAAAUUACCCGAUGUUCCUACAUCUGAGCCCGGUGAAUCCGGGCAUCCCGAAAAGAAGCAGAAGCAGUAA